AUGAUAACACUACCGGAAAUACGUGAAGUAUGCUUGCGAUGUCGAGAAGUAUUCAGGAUGGAAAGCACUUUGCUUCGCAUAGAUCCACCUAUUUAUAUUCUCGGUGAUAUACAUGGACAAUUCCCGGAUUUGGUGAAGAUGAUGUCAAAAAUAGGUACCCCACCACGUAAACGUUAUUUAUUCAUGGGAGAUUACGUCGAUCGGGGACAAUGGAGUCUUGAAACUGCUUCACUAUUGAUGGCGUACAAGAUUCGUUACCCCAAACAUCUUUAUAUGCUGCGUGGUAACCAUGAGACACGCGCUGUGAACAGAUUAUAUGGUUUCUUUGAAGAAUGCAUUCAACGAUUUCCGGAAAAGGAUAAUGGAACUCAACUCUGGACAUUAUAUCAACAUGCCUUCAACUGUAUGCCAUUCGCAGCGCUGAUUGGCGAACGCAUAUUCGUAGCACAUGGAGGAAUUUCGGAAGAUCUUCUUAACUGGAAUCAAUUCAAACGAAUUUGCAGACCAACAGAUGUUACUGACAUUGGAUUCAUCAGUGAUCUCAUAUGGGCUGAUCCUGGUAACUUUCCCGGAAAAUAUAUUCAAAGCCCACGAGGUGUCUCACAGCUUUUCGGAAAGCAAGCAACGGAAGAAUUUCGACAAAAACUGAACGCUGACCUUAUCAUUAGAGGUCAUCAGGUGGCUCAAGAAGGAUACGAAUUCCUUCAUGAUAAAAAGUGCUUAACAAUAUUUUCUGCACCGAAUUACUGUGGUGAACUGAACAACAAGGCAGGAAUAUUAUAUGUUGAUGAAUCUCUGCAUUGCACCAUAUAUCAGUUCAGGGGCGCCAAGCAAACGUUACAAAACAAAGAGGAAAAACCAAAACCCAAACAUGAUGAAUUGUUGAAAACGGCUGUACCUAUGAACAACCGGCAAAAAGAAAGCGAAGGCAAGCAAAAAAAAUCUGUGGAGCCAAAAAAAAAGGAAGAGUUUGAAACGUCAAAUAUUAUAACUGAUAAUCAGAGGAUAUUCAAUAAAGAAUUAAAUGGAAACAAGAAAAAAAAAUAUAAUAAUUCAACGAUGGAUGAAAAAAAUGAAGAAUAUGAUCGGAAAACGCAAGAAGAGUGA